CCCACCUAGAUCUGCUCCCAUGGACGGUGACAAGAAAGGUCAGCUUCCUUCCACUAAAUCUACUUCUACAAUGGCUAAAAUCAAAGCUAUUCAACCUAAGAAACUUGCCCCUUGCAGAUCUGAUCAAGUGUUUGUCCCUCACAUGAAAUCCCAAAUUUUGGGUCCGUAUUUCGUUUCUCCUCGACCUAUUCCUUUUAAACUUGUAUACGCACAACUAAAAGACCAUCCUCUUCCUUUCCAAGUGAAGCCCAAUUGGAGCAAGUCGAUCUUGAGUUCUGCUUUACUUUUUUGGACUGUUUCUUUCAAUUGCUUCCACUUCCCAUGUGGCAUCAUGUCCGUGAGUCUCUUCAACAUCAGCUCGUUGACCGGACUACCUUGCAUGGCAGAAGAAAUUUCUACACUUCUGACCAUGCCACUAGGUAUUGAAUACAACCACAAAGAUCUAAAGCCUUCAUUUCCAGCCUUUGUGAGAUUUGCUUGUGACCGAAGCCCCACUAAAGAAUUUAUUCCUUUGGUCGCCGCUCUAGUUCACGGUAGACAUUUAGCUUUAGACCAUGAUUUUGUUAGAUCCUCCUUUUCAACUGAGCUGCACUUCCUUAUACAAAAGACUUGGUGGCAAGGAUACUUUCUCUUUCCGCUUCUUGGGGUUUUGGAUGAUAUUUCUACUUUAACACCUCUACCACUCACUAAAAAACUUGAGGAAAAAGAUGUUAUCGAGGAAGGAGGUGACCUGGAAUUUGCAAGAGAUAUUACUGAGAUUGAUGAUGAUGAUGUGGAAAAUGAGCUUCUUGCAAAGCUGGACAUGUUGGCAGACCUCCCUGUCAAGUUAGAAUCUGCUCUAAACAGCAAAAGGAAGAUUGUCACCGAGGAGACAAACUCAGAUGUCAACCUUCCUUCGCAGGAACAAAUUAGGUUUGCCAUUCUCACCUUGCAAGAGCUUAUUGACGGUGACCUUUCCGAUUUCUAUAGAGUGCCAGAUCAACAAGCCACCUUCCAAGUAGCUCAAGUACUUAGUCGAGCCCCACAGCUAUCUUCUGCUCAGCGCAAAUUUUGGGCAAAUUUCACUAUCAUUUAUGCAAAUUUUAGUAAAAGAUUCUUGGCUCUUGAGAACAAGGUGAUGAUAGUAGAAUAUGCUAGGAAAUUUGUAACAUAUAGUACUACUACCGUCUUUAAAAAGAAGGAUGAGUUCUUGGCAGCAAAGGAUGCUCAUACUGCACAAAUUAAACAUCUUCAAGGUUCGAAGGAACCUAGCACCAGCGCCUGGGUUCCACGAGCACCUGAGUUCCAUCGAACCCAACUUCCUUCGAACCCAGGCAUGCUACCUGGGUUCGAUGGAACCCAGGCACGGGUUCGAGGAACCCAGGGCCUUGGUUCGAGGAACCCAGGCGUGGGUUCGUCCAACCCAGGCCCUUGGUUUGAUGGAACCCAGGACACCUGGGUUCCAUUGAACCCAAGCGUGCUAGGUUCGAGGAACCCAGGCCUGGGUUCCUUCGAACCAAGUGCCUGGGUUUGAGUCGAACCCGCUUGGGUUUUUUGUUUUGUUUCUUUGUUGGCUUGCAGUCGUGCUUGGCUAUCUUGGAAUGGGAUUUAGAGUUUUAUGUGGCUUCUGAUUGCUUGAAUUUUUAGAUCUAGUUACUAUUGGUGUUGAUCGAAGGGAUGUUGUGUUUUUUACAUUUUUCUUUAUAGAUCUGGUAUACAUUUGCAGUGGGUUUUUUUGUUUUGUUUCUUUGUUGGCUUGCAGUCAUGCUUGCUUGGCUAUCUUGGAAUGGGAUUUAGAGUUUUAUGUGGCUUAUGAUUGCUUGAAUUUUUAGAUCUAGUUACUAUUGGUGUUGAUCGAAGGGAUGUUGUGUUUUUUACAUUUUUCUUUACAGAUCUGGUAUACAUUUGCAGAGGAAUUGAUUUUUUGAAUCAGAUAUAUUGGUCAUUAUUAUUAUGCGAGGAAUCAUAUUUGAGUUCUAUUAGAGAGGAGGUUUGGGAAAGAAGUAAAUGGUGAUUAGAGUA